AUGACGGCAAAAUAUGGGUUUUAUUAUAAAGAAGGUCACGACGAUUCAUUGUUUAUGGAUCAAACAUCGGUUAAACUAAUUAUUGAACGUUUAUCUUCACCGCCGACACCCUUCGUGCUCUAUAGUCUCAAUCAAUUUCGUCAGAAUAUUGAUAAGUAUCAAAAUGAACUUCAUAAACUUGCACCAAUUCGUGGUCGUUUAUCAUAUUCCAUGAAAGCUAACUAUAAUCCUCAUCUAUUACCAAUUUUAAAGUCUGCAAAAGCCAUGUUGACAACAGUCAGCGGUGGUGAAAUGCAAUUAGCAUUAUCAGCUGGUUUCGAACCAUCAUCGAUUAUCUAUAAUGGUAAUGGAAAAACCGAUGAGAGUAUUCAAAUGGCAGUUGACUCCGGUGUUCUAUUGAAUGUCGAUAGUUUAUUUGAUCUCGAAGUCAUUCUUCACUAUGCACGGCAAUUAAAUAAAAUAGCAAAUGUACUUAUAAGAGUGAAUCCAAAUCUUAGCGAUUCAAAUGUUCAUGCGUACAAUGUAACAGCGUCUAAAACAAGUAAAUUUGGUACGAAUAUUGAUGAAUUAGAACCGAUUUAUAAAUUAAUUGAGCAAAACGAUGACAAAUGGAUACGCUUAUUUGGUUUUCAUUGUCAUUUAGGUUCGACAAUAUCGAAUACGCAAAUAAUUAGUGAAUGCGUUAAAAAGCUAAUUGAAUUAUUCGACACAAAGCGUUUUCCUCAUCUUCGCAUACUUAAUAUAGGCGGCGGAUUAAAUAUUGAUUAUAAACGUUAUGCUAAACGUACAAAAAACGACGAUGAAGAACACAUCACAAUUCCAGCUAUAGGCGAUUAUAUACAAUCAAUCAAAGACUCGAUAGAAUCAUUUCCGCGUUCUAUUGAAUUAGUUGUUGAACCUGGACGAAGUUUAAUUGCAAAUUCAUGCGUACUGAUAACUCGUGUACUUGGACAAAAACAAACAGGCUCAAUACGACAACUGAUUGUUGAUUCAUCGAUGACGGAAUGUAUUCGUCCAGCUCUUUAUCAAGCAUAUCAUCAUAUUGAUACAGUUAAUUCUUUAUCUACAGAAGAACGUAUACCAUUCGAUAUAGUUGGGCCUGUUUGUGAAAGUGGAGAUUUCCUUGGUAAGCAACGCUGCUUACCCAAGACAUUGAAACGUGGAGAUUUUUUGGCUGUUUUCGAUGUUGGUGCUUAUUGUUCAAGUAUGAGCUCAAAUUACAAUAUGAGACCGCGACCAGCUGAAUACGCCUUAGAUGAACACGAGCAAAUUCAAGUAUUAAAAAAACGCGAAACAAAUGAAGAUCUUUUACGGACAUAUUGA